UCUGGUUUUCACCCAACAGGAUUUCGCACUGACGGGACGAGAAAUUGAGGUUAACUUUGACGUAACGGCGAACUGACAGACUGGAUUUUUUGACCAAAUCUCGAACUUUUGAUAAGCAAAAAGACGGCAAACUUCCGGCAUGAGUGAUAAUCGGGGCGUUGCGAGCGUUAUUUUGUGAAAUCCGCGGCUUGUGAGUGAAAUUUACAAAAUCAGCUGGAACGGCAAGAUGUCGUGCUCCAAGUCUGUCAUCGAUUCAGCCCGACUGUAAACAUGUAAGCCACCCGAAAUGUUUUAAUUUUACUAUGAUAGAAGAACAGCAAAUGGGCUCGCAAACAUUGGAGAUUUUAAGACAAGGUGUUUGGGCUUCUUUGACCGGGGGUUGGUUCUUCGACCCCCAUCAAGAUGUGUUUUGCAACACGUUCCACCUCUACAUCUGGCUAUUCUUGCUAUGUUUGCCCUUCACGAUAUACGUGUACUUCCCACCGACGAAGUACAUGUGGUACUUCUAUUGUCUCUCGGUGACGAUAGUUCUAGCUGUGAUCAAGCUGGUUAAUUACGGCUUGCAUCACAUGUAUGACACAUCCGAAUGCAUUCAUGAGGAAAUUGAUGAGAACUGGCAGGAAGUCAAAAGGGAGGAGGAAGGGAUUGAGCUGCAAGUUUUGUCCAACAAGACGGAAACAAACUCGAGACCUGCCGUCAGCGGCUCGUUUAUUUCUUACGCGGAAGCGGGGGCUCUUCCGAGCACCGAUGCUGACAGUCUGGAGUCGACGGAGUUUCAGCAAGCUGAAGCCGCCAAAGACACCAAACCGAGCAGCACCAUAGACUUGAAGGCCGAGGUGCACCGCAAAAACUCUUCGGAGAGCAGCGACGGCGCCGCCGCCCCCGUCCUAGAAAUAGUAACCUAUCAACCGGACGUGCCUGAGCGCAAACCCAAAAAAUCCGACCGUCGUCCGAAACAUCAACGUUCAAAAACCGACGGUUUCGUUUGCGUCCGAAUCACCGAUGACACCAAACCGAAUCGUUCGAGUUUUCGUAAACUAUAUCAGCAGGCCGAUUCGGCCGACGGCAAUCUCUUAAUCCAGCGGCCGUCUUUACAAAGCGUCGAUUGCGAACAGGGGCCUUCAAGCGGCCGAAGACACUCCAAUUUUACCAAUAGUAGUUUGAAUUUUUUACCAUCGACUGAUAUUAAGCCGACUGGUUCUUUGGAGCUGGGCUAUUUGGAUAAAAACCCGUCUGAGGGGUUUUACUUUAAGACGAAUGGCCGCGGGGGCGUGCGGAGGAUACGCUCGACGGCCUUGGAGACGUGCUGUCCGCCCCCGGCGCUCAUCGUCCACCCCAACAGCUUGGAGGUGAUUGGGUGCAAGGGGGCGCGGAAUCCGCUGCCGCCCCCAAGCUCGAGUCUGGUGCGGAACCAGCACUUGAAUCUGUGUUCGUACUAUGGGUCCGAGAUUGUGUACCCGAUCGCGGAACAGUCGGACGAACAUCAAACUUCGCAUGGGCCUGACACUGAUAUCGAUUCUUCGGCCCACAUUUCCGACUCGGAUUUCGAGGAGAAUCAAGGGAGCAACUCGCCCCUGUUUUACAUCACUGUGAAGACAAUGACGAAAAACGUGCCUUACGAAAAAACCCAUCCGAAAAUCGAGGAAAAGUGCAGUGAGGAAAGGACGAGUGCGACGUCGAAAGACGCACUCUUAGAUAACGAUAAUUCGAAUUCGAGUGCGACGCCGGAAAUGCACGACGCUAGGACUGACUGUUACGGGACGGAUAACGAAUGCAGUGAUAAAAAAUUAAGUGAGUGUUCGAAUUUAUCUUGUAGUAAUACGAGCGUCGAAUGCGACGAACGAAGUCCCAAAAUACCAAAUUGUCCAUUUUCGGUGCGAAAAUUAUGUCACGUGUUGGGUGACGAUUUUAGAGUUUUUCGCGAUCAAGUCCGUGAUAAUAAUGUUAGAGUUGUCUAUGCCAAAAAUGAUGUUUUAGUGAAUGAGCCACACAUCUUCCGGAAAAGGAACGUCAAAAGGAACAGGCGGAGGAAGUCGGGAGAGGGAGCCAAGACGGUCGAAAAGGACAAUUGCACCAGUUUGGUGGAACUGGACUUGGAUUGGCUGUUCGACGACGAGAACCAGCACAACCAACACAAAAAAGAACCGUUAAAAAGAGACACGGAGUGGUCGAGCACCACCACAGUAUCGCUCGAGCACGACGUUAACAAAGUCCUUCAAGAGCAAGUUCCUUCGACCCGCAGCCUCGGCGCAAUUCCCAAAAAAACCCGUUCAAAUUCUAGUCACAACGAUCAAUCAUCAGGCCGUAAAACCCCAAAAAGCGAAUCGGAAAAGUGCAGCAUGUGUCGUUGCAAAUCGGACGAAAACGAGCCACGAAACCGUUCAUUGAAAGAAAACAAACUCACGCAAACACUGCGUCAAAACGACUGUCCAAGUUCCGUCGAAGGACUCGAAUGUAUCGUCUUGCAAAAACCCCAAAGAGUUGAUAUCCCGAAACGCUAUGUGCGGACGUCGAGGGAUCGAAACGAGGAAGGCUCUUCAGGUGGUUCCAACAAUGAAUUGAGCACGUUGUUACCACCAGCCCCUCUUCUAUCCGCCUUUUUGGCCUCGAGGAGGGACUAUCCACUGUCGGUGUGCUAUCUACCACCAAGUGAGACGAUCAAAUUCAGUCAUGUGUCACCGCAGAGGAAUAGGUUGAAACGGAGUAGAGUUAGUAGGAGGAGGUCGUGCCAAAGAAACAAGAGGGAUAGUGCAAUAGCUAGUUCUUUAUCGGCGGGACAUGGGACACAUUGUGCCAAAAAUUUCAACGAUACCACCGAUGGGUCCGUUCACUGCUUCAUGGACGAGCACGGGAACUGGAUCACUUACACAUUCGAUGAAAAAGGAUUAGGUACCGCAAACAACCGCCUCCACGAAAAAUCCUCCACUGGCGACAAGCCCCACCGGCGGCGUCCCAGCGACGCCGCCUCCACGUCCCGAGGGACUCGCAACAACUCGCAGGAUUUCUGCGACAGCAACAGCACCGACUCCAUCUGCAACAGCUCAGUAUCCAUAAUCCUGGACGCUCCCGCGUCGAAAACGCCCUCAACCAGCAUGAUUCCGCUCCAAAAUUCUGACCUCAGCUCGGCUCAAAUGAAAGUGCGUGAUACAAUCCGUCGCCGCUUGUUCGCCAAUCAGGGUUUCAUCGAUCCGUUGGACUCCUUGAUCAGUAUAGUGCAAGGCGAGAACGAGGGCGACGUUGAGACGAAUCUGGCCCGCAAUCAGUUCAAAUUCAUCCAAAAUUCCGAUCAAGUGAACAAUAACUAUCCGAGGACCAAGUCGUUUUAUAAGUUUAAAGUGUUCCCGUGGACUUAUGUGAAAGUGACGCUCGAUCGGCUGAAGCUGCUCGCGUUGCUCGACAGGAACUUGACGUUUUUCGAGACGCUUCUGUCGAUUGGGUUCGGGAUUCUAGUCUCUGUUUCUGGUGCUAUUUUGUUGUAUUAUGACUUUUAUGAAGACUUGUUGGCGUUCAUCUUUUGUUUUGUUAUGGCGAGUUGUCAGUACUCGCUGCUGAAGAGUGUGCAACCGGACGCUGCCUCGCCUACGCAUGGGUUUAACCGGAUCAUAGCCUACUCGCGCCCGAUUUAUUUCUGUAUCUGUGCAGGGAUUAUUCUAAUUCUGGACUCCUACAUUGAUAAAUCGGCGGAAAGUCAAGUUUAUAGUCUGAGUAGCGGCGGUUUGACACAUAUGCAGGUGCUCCUCCUGGUCCGGGAUUUCCUAAUCAAGUUUAUACUCUUCUUCCCCGUGUUAUUCUCGCUAGGGUUGUUCCCCCAAAUCAACACCUUCAUUAUGUAUUUGUUGGAACAGGUGGAUAUGCAUAUUUUCGGCGGGAACGCAAUGUCGAGUCUCCUCGCUUCGUUCUAUUGCAUCUUCCGCUCGCUUCUGGCUGUGAUUGUGAUGAACGGGUUCGCCUACGGCGGCUUGAGCGAGCCGAAGAGUUCGCAGCACAUUUUAUUCUCGAUUUUUUGUGCCUGUCUGGUGGCUUGUUCGUACCAUUUGAGCCGAAGCGCCAGCGACCCGUCACACUUAUGGAACAUAGUGAAACGUCACGUCUGGCCCUCGGACAUAUACCGCGAACACAGCAAAGACCGAGUCGAUAAGGUCGAAAGCAAGGAAGAAAAACCCCUCACUGAGAAACAACCCAAAAAAUCGGUCAAAUUCCCGAGUGAGACCAGCGAAAAAGUCAACGACCACGUCGACCCGCUGCCCCACAAGUUGCAGAAAACUGUAAAUGCGCGCCUGAAGAACGACAUAAUCCUGUGCGGGUUGAUCGCGGUUUUGGUGUUUAGCGUGCACGCGAGUACCGUGUUCACGGCGCUCCAGCCAGAGCUGAGUCCCGUUCUGUGGACGAUCUCGGCCGUUUUGGGGUUUGUCCUCCACUAUGUCACCCCACAGCUGCGCAAACAGUUGCCCUGGCUGUGCAUUGCUAGUCCUGUUUUGAGGUCGCGCGAAUUGUUGCAGUAUCAGAUCAGGGGGCCGGCCAAAAUCAUGUGGUUCGAACGGGUGUACAUUUAUUUGUGUUUCGUUGAACGGAAUAUUUUGUACCCGCUUUUGUUCCUCUCGGUUCUGACGGAGGAUUCGCCCAAAGUCGUUAAGAAGUUCGGACCGCUGCUCGGGUCUUUUGUUGUUGUUAUUUGCGGGUUGAAGUGUUUACGUAGUUCCUAUUCGAAUCAGAGUUGUCAGUAUCUCGUUUUGACUUUCACGGCGUUGGCGUUUCGUUAUGAUUAUAGUUUCAUGGAACAGACGUUUCUAGUGCAGUAUUUCUUCGUGAGCAUCGUUUUCCACAAGUUCUACGAGUUGCUACUCAAGGUCCAAUUCGUGGUGACCUACAUCGCCCCAUGGCAGAUCACGUGGGGCUCGGCCUUCCACGCCUUUGCCCAGCCUUUUUCAGUACCUCACUCGGCCAUGUUGUUCCUGCAAGCCUUCAUUUCGGCCAUUUUAUCAACCCCUUUGAACCCGUUCUUAGGUAGCGCGAUUUUUCUAACUUCGUACGUUCGACCAAUCAAAUUUUGGGAACGUGACUACAACACUCGUCGAGUUGAUCACUCAAAUACGCCGCUUUCGUCACAUCUUGAUCGAAAUUUGGGCGCCGAUGAUAAUAAUUUGAAUUCGAUUUUUUACGAACACCUUACAAGAUCAUUGCAACAUUCGUUGUGUGGCGAUUUGAUUUUGGGACGCUGGGGGUUGGUCAGUCAAGGCGAUUGCUUCGUUUUGGCAUCGGAUUAUUUAAACUGCCUGGUGCAUAUCAUCGAGUUGGGGAACGGGUUGGUGACGUUUCAAAUGCGAGGGUUGGAGUUCAAAGGGACGUAUUGUCAGCAGAGAGAAGUCGAGGCGAUUACCGAAGGGAUUGAGGAGAAUCACGCAUGUUGUUGUAUCGAAACAGACCAUUUCACCGGGAUUUUGAGCAUCAGUUCUGCGUUCAGCCAACGCUGGCUGGCUUGGGAAGUCAUCGCGGCUAAAUACAUACUCGAGGGUUACAGCAUAUCCGACAACAGCGCCGUCUCAAUGUUGCAAGUGUUCGAAUUCCGAAAAGUCCUCAUCUCUUAUUACGUCAAAAGUAUCAUUUUUUACACCGUACGUUCUCCCAAACUGGAGGAAUGGCUCUCCUCGCAAACAAUUCUAUCAGCUUUACAACCAAUGGAACACAAGAACUUCGUCGAUCUGGACCCGGUGUUCAACUACAACAUCGACGAAGACUUCGACAUAGCCAACAGCGGGAUGACGCGCCACAUGUUCUGCCAAAUCCACGGCGAAUGGAUCAGUUUUUGCGUGGAGAAGGCGGAGAAAAACGUCGAUUCGGGGAAUAACUCGACUUUGGUGCUGCUUUGUUUCGCGCUGAGUUUGCUGGGACGUCGCGCUUUGGGCGCCGUGUCGCACAACACUGUCUCAAGCGUUGAGUUUUUUCUCUUCGGGUUGCAUGCACUGUUCAAGGGGGAUUUCCGCAUCACUUGCGCCCGCGACGAGUGGGUUUUCACCGACAUGGACCUCCUGAAAACCGUAGUGGCGCCAGGGAUUCGCAUGUCGCUGAAACUGCACCAAGACCAUUUUAUGUCACCGGACGAAUACGAGGAACUGCCAGCCCUCUACGACGCCAUCUGCAAGCACGAAGAAGAGUUGGUGAUUUCGCACGAGGGUGACCCAGCCUGGAGGAACGCCGUUUUGAGUGGAACACCCAGUCUUUUAGCCUUGAGGCAUGUGUUGGACGAUGGCAGCGACGAGUACAAGAUUAUCAUGCUGAAUAAGCGGUAUUUGAGUUUCCGUGUGAUCAAAAUAAACAAGGAGUGUGUUCGGGGGCUUUGGGCCGGCCAGCAACAAGAACUGGUCUACUUGCGUAAUAGGAACCCGGAGCGGGGGAGUAUCCAAAACGCCAAGCAAGCCUUGAGGAACAUUAUCAACUCGUCGUGUGACCAACCGAUCGGCUAUCCAAUUUACGUCUCACCUCUAACCACAAGUUACGCCGAAACGAACGAGCAAUACUGCAGUCUAGUCGGGGGUUCGGUCAGUUUGACCAAAAUCAAGAACUACAUUUUCAAUGUAUUCAGACGUAUCCGUAAGCGAUGUGGCGAGGGUUGUUCGAGCGGGGCUUCGGCUCGUGACGAGAUCGGGAUGGGGCACGAGGGGGUGUAUGCCAUGACGACGGUCACACCCCUUAACCACCAAACAGCCGGCAGCCAAUCGACGGAUGGGUCGCACUUGAGUGGCAGCAUGGGACGUGGGUCUAGUCUGAGCCGCACUUCGUUGGGCGGCAAUAGGGGGAGUUUGGUGUCGGUGGGGAAACCCACAAGUGCCACUUUGGCCAGUUUGGCGGGGCUGUUCAAAGAGCGGGAUGAACGGGCGGUGUCGCAAACGCCCGAUGGGCAGCCGAGGAACGACGAGUUUGACGAAACCGCCGAGAAGGAAUAUUCCGUUCAGAGAGUUCGGAUCGUUGAUCCAAAUUUGGUAUACGACGCUAUCAAUUUGGGGCGAAGGAUUGACGUUACGUGGCCGACUGAGUACAUGAGGGUGAGAGGCGGCCGUUCGUUUUGGAAGGAUUGGGUGCCUGAGACGGGGAUGGAAGGACCGGUGGUGCAUCGAUGGACGCCCUGUCACAAAGACCCAGGGCGGAGGUCUCACGUCGACCGGACGAUACUCCUGGUUCAAAUUGACGAUAAGUUUGUGCCCAUUGCAGAGAGCGGUGUGCAGGAUCUAGGGCAGGAGGUAUAGCAUUUGUUUUUGCGUUUGUCCGUCUCUAACAUCAGAGAAGGGAUUAAAUCUGAUUUUAGACUUCCAUUAGGAGUAUAAUUAUAGAAAGACUUAAUUUUAUAUGAAUUGUUACUAUCGUUAAGAAAGUGAAUUUACAUAUAAAACAAAAUGUACAGUAGGUAAUCUUUAUAUUGUUUUUAACUGGAAGUUGUUUCCUUAUUUCGUUUUUACACAUACACAGACUAAUUGUUUAACUGCCAUUCUUUUACGAUGAUUGUGAUGUAGAAUCUUUUUUUAUGACAUACGUCCAAAGAUUUUGUACUUGAGGGAGAAGUGUCAAAAUGAUUUGUAUUAUAAAUUAGGCUUCUUAAUAUUUAUGAAUUGUUGUUACGCAGUUGCCUUAUUAAAAUAGACUGAUUUUUAUGUGUAUUUAGUUAAGAAAAGUGUACAAUUUUUCCAAUAAUUUAUAUUUAAUUAAAAAAGGAGGAAAUAAGUUGUCCAUGUUUAUAAACGGGUUUUUAUUUAACUUACUAGGUUUUCGCAUAAUCCCAAAUAAUCACAUUGUUGCUGCAGAUAUCUAUAGAUUUUAUAAUGUUAUGUAAUGUAUUAACUCUACUUUUUUAUAAGGACAUCAUUUUUGGCCUAUGAUUGUAAAAACGAUUAUAAAAAAGAAAAUAAACACACUCAUUGUCUA